AUGACUCGGCUUUUCCGAUCCAAGUCUUGCGGACUCGUCGGACUCACCGACUUCAACUCUGUCCCUCCUCCAUCUCCCUUCUUUCACCGAGACGACACCGAAGAUGAAGACGAAGAAGAAGAAGAAGAAGAAGAGGACGAGGAAGGGGAGGAUGAAGAAGAAGAAGAAGAAGAAGUAUAUAGUGAUGCUUCUGGAAACAGGAUAUCGACGCCGUUUAUUGGCUCAAGUGAAGGAACGAAAGGGAGUGAGAGAGGUCGAAAUGGAAAUAGCAAUAAAGAGUUCGCAAUUUUGGAUAUUUUGGUAACGGCGUUAAGGAAGUCCUUGGUGACAUGCAGUGUGGAAAGAGAGGAUGUUUCUUCCAUGGAUAUAAGUUGGCCUACUGAAGUUAGGCACGUGUCUCACGUGACUUUUGAUAGGUUUGAUGGUUUCCUUGGUUUGCCCACUGAGCUUGAGCCUGAGGUUCCUCGCAAAGUCCCCAGCGCCAGCGCAAACGUAUUUGGAGUUUCUGCCACUUCGAUGCAAUGUUCUUAUGACGACAAAGGGAACAGUGUGCCGACUAUUCUCCUUAUGAUGCAAAAGCGUUUAUAUGUAGAAGGAGGACUUAAGGCAGAAGGAAUUUUCCGAAUAAAUGCUGAGAACAGUCAAGAAGAGUAUGUCAGAGAGCAGCUAAACAAAGGUGUAGUGCCUCGUGGAAUUGACGUCCAUUGCUUGGCAGGUUUAAUAAAGGCAUGGUUUAGAGAACUACCUUCCGGGGUACUCGAUUCUCUCACACCAGAACAGGUGAUGCAUUGUAACAGCGAAGAUGAUUGCACUCGACUUGUGAAGCAACUUCCUCUGACCGAAGCCUCACUACUUGAUUGGGCAAUCAAUUUGAUGGCAGAUGUUGUGGAGCAUGAACAGUAUAACAAGAUGAAUGCACGCAACAUUGCUAUGGUCUUUGCACCCAACAUGACACAGAUGGCUGAUCCUUUGACUGCAUUGAUUCAUGCCGUGCAAGUAAUGAACUUGCUCAAGACAUUGGUCUUAAAAACGUUCCGGGAAAGAGAGGAAUCCAGUGCAAAGUUUAGGUUGUUCUCAGCAUGCUCAGACUCCCCAGGCAACAAGAAUGAACCCUGUCAUUCAAACUUGAACGGCAAAGAAUCCUGUAAAAUAUCAUUCAAACCUAACACUGGUAAUUUCUUAAGGUCUGACACUAUGAAUAGAUUAGACUCCAACAUUGAGGACAAAUAUUGGAGCUUUCAGAAGAAAAGUGAUGGAGAAGAGGAAUUUAAGGACGGAGAAGAGGAAUUUAAAAAAGGGGUGAGGAGGCUAAGCAGACACCCUGUAUUUCAGUUGAGUAAACCAGUUAAGAAGACACGUGGUCUUGGAAUUGUAAAUACUAGGGGAGGAGGCCGAGAAGCUUGGGCAUGA